AUGGCAUCUAUGUCGGAACUGGUGGUGGCACCCUCGGACUCUUUCUCUAGCUGCCUCGACCGGAGGAGUGUGCGUGACCGAUCCGAACAGCGCUCCUUUGAACCUGGCCACCCAGAUUGCCCUGUGAAGCCCGGCGUGUCUGGUGAAAUCCAUCUGCAUCUCCAGGAUAUUUUCCGAUCCUGGGGAUACAAAUGGUGGUACCUCCACCCAGAGGUACAGGCGGCCAUCGUGGAUGGCGGGAAAAUCGCGCUGGCGAACACAGGCGAGAUAAUGCGAGAGACGCAAGUCCUUAUUGUCAACCGCGGCAUAACGACCCCGCUGACGCUCCCGAAUGGCACCAUGUCCUAUCCCUCGGCAGAGAUACCGCCAAUGAAGGUUUGGUCCGUCCAUUUGGGCCACAAAGCCCGUGAAAAUGAGGUCGCUACGUAUACCGACAGCCUACUAAAGGACGUCACAGUCGACCCCUCAGACUACGAAAUCGAUGAAUUGGCCAUGCCAAAGGUGUCCGAGGAGGACAAGACCCUGGCAUUGAACAUGACUCUAGUUCGUUUGAUGCAAUUCCUGGCACAGGAUAUUCACGGUCACUCGAUGCUCAUGGAAGACUCUGCGAUCUGCGAGCAGGUGCCUAGUACCAACCAGGAGGUUCUGCGGGACGUCACGAACCUGGCCGCGAACCGCACGGGACAGUAUAAUAAUCGUCAACACACCGAGGGGGGACUGCCAUCCAGGAGUAGCGAUUGA